UAUGUACAUUCACAUGUACUAGCAUCCGGAAAACCAUCGCAACCUUCAUCAUUAGACAAAAUUUAUCUUUAAGGUUGCGUUAUGGUAAAUCCCGGAGGUGGUCGCGGGACCGUCGAGGCAUGCCUUGUUCUGGGCAUCGCAUGCUUGCUCGCGCUGAGCGGGGUCCGUUGCGACCAGCUCCUGCAUCCCCCUCGUCGCUUAGGUGGUGAGGCAGUUUUUGAUGUUACCAAAUUCGGGGCUGUAGCCGAUGGCUCAACAGACAGUGCGAUUGCGUUGAUUAGGGCUUGGAAAGCAGCAUGCAACUCUAAUGGAGCAGCAAAGCUUUUGAUCCCUCGUGGGGAAUUCGCGGCAGGAGAGGUUUUAUUCACGGGGCCCUGCAUAGCUAAGAAACCUAUCACCAUCGAAAUCCAAGGAAAUCUGUUGGCGUACGAGGAUCCCAGCGCCUACACAGGUGGCGCUUGGAUAAUGCUGGAAAAAGUCGACGGCGCCGUCCUAAAAGGCGGCGGAACCAUCAACGGCCGCGGAAAGAUGCUUUGGCAGUAUGCGGAAACUAAAGACGGCCCUCCUCUUCCAGUCUCUUUCGUGUUCCAGACAGUACAAAACGCGCAAAUGAGCAACCUGAAUUUCGUGGACAGCAUGGGUUUCCACGUCAAGGUUACGGACAGUAGCAAUGUUGACAUUAAAAACAUCAAAAUCCGGGCUCCCGGAAAGAGCCCGAACACCGACGGGAUCCACUUGAGCAGUGCUAUAAAUGUUAACAUUACUGACUCCAUAAUCGGGACAGGAGACGACUGCGUUUCCAUCGGUCACGGCACCUAUAACAUUCUCGUCGCCAGAAUUAUCUGUGGCCCUGGACAUGGCCUCAGUGUCGGCAGCCUGGGGAAACGCCCGACCGAGACAAAUCUGAAAGGACUGACCAUAAUCAACUGUACACUCGUUGGUACAACAAACGGUGCAAGAAUCAAAACCUACCAUGCAUCUCCCCGGAUCCAAGCAACCAGCAUUCUUUUCCAAGAUAUCUUGAUGGAAAGAGUUAAAAACCCGAUCAUCAUCGAUCAGCAUUAUGACUCAAAAAGAAGGCCAGAGCAAUCGAGUGUGAAGCUGAGUGACAUUCACUUCAGAAACAUAAGAGGAAGCACGAUUUCAAAAGUUCCAGUGAAACUGAAUUGCAGUUCCAUGUUCCCUUGUCAAGGCGUUGAAUUGGCGGACAUCAAUUUGACACCAUUUGGUCCAAUUGGCCCUCUCACAUCUGCAUGCUCCAAUGCUAAGUUCUUCAUUAGAGGAAAACUCAACCCUCCUGCCCCUGUCUGCAAAUAGAGUUUCUUUUCUAAAAAAAUGCAAGCAACUCCUGCCAUUCUGUAAAUGAACAAAUUAAUCCUUUAUGGAAAAAAAAUAAUAAUUUACAUCCCUGUAUUUUUUAAAAUGACGUAGUUUAUCUUCCUAAACAGAGAGAUAAAUUGUUUCAUUUUAAAAAAUAAUAAGGAGUAAAUUGCUCCUUUUGUUUUUCAUAAGGGAUCAUUCACAAUAUUACAGGGGUAAAUUGCAUUAGACCCGUUACCUUUCACUGCCAUUCCUCUUCCAAAUAGCAUAAUUCAUGUUCUCAAAAAAUAGAAAAAGAAAUUUAACAUAAUACAUAUGUAUACCUAGAAAAAUUUUGCUUUUUCACAUUUUUUGUUAACAUAAUUGAUUUAAGGAUGGCAAUUGUGAGCCUCGGACAAUGUACAACUGCUGAAAUAUAUAUACUGAAUAAAGAAAAAGACAAUUCAGAUCUUACA